AUGACUAGACUUGAGUCUUUACAAAAAGAAAAUCAAGCACUCCGAAGUGAGAUUGCUGAAUUAAAAGAGAGUCUACAAAAAAUAUCUAAAGAUUUAUCCUCGAAGACGAAGAGCCAAAAUGGCCGACAAAAUGAUAAGAAAGAAUUGUCGCCAGAUAGAGCUAAUUCAAUUGAGUUUAUGUCUAACAAAUAUGACGAGCUCUAUUCGUUCAAAAAGGAAGCUAAUAAACAGAUUCAAGAUCUUACUGCUAAAGUAAAUAAGAUAUCGGAAAAAUGUGAACGUAUUGCGAAAUUUAUUGAAGAAUCGGAAGCUUAUAGCUAUCAGUAUGACAUCAAGAUUGUCGGUGUCCCAGCAGUAGCUGAGAGGGAAACUGCUCAACAGACUGCCGAUCUAUGUAAUAAAUUAUUCACUGCACUGGGAGUUGAAGAUGUUUCGAUAAGUGACAUUGAUACGGCACAUCGGGUGCCAUCACGUUUGGCAUCAAGUAGACCAGAGGCUAUAAUAUGCAAGUUUGUGAGACGACUCGCUAAAGACAAAGUCAUGGCUGCCAGAAGGGCUGUAGGUAACUUGAAUGCAGCACAGCUACAGUUAGAAAGCAGUGCAAAUGUAAAUCAUAUUAGUUUAUAUGACCAUCUAACCCCGAGAAUCCAAGAGCUAUUGUACAAAAGCAAACAGACCAAAGCUGCCAAGAACUAUAAAUAUUGCUGGGCGAAGAAUGGCUUCGUGUACCUGCGAAAGACAGAUAAUUCACCAGCGAUAAAAUUGAAAGACUUAGAAGACCUAGACGAAAUAGCAACGUCAAACUAGAUAAGUAUUUAUUCAUAUACAAAUAUCCUGAUUAAUGUGUUAAAACUCUACAACUAUGCCUAUGGAGACACGUAGAAUUAAGUCUAAAAAGAAGGCUGCUAAAUUAUUAUUAAAAGAACUCCCCUUUUAUAACUUUAGAGGCGAUUUAGUAUCAUGCCUUGGUCAGUUUAAUAACUCAAUCCCUAUUACUUGCCAACCUAGGAAAAAUUUAGAUAAAUUAGCUGGCCUAUAUGACUUGAAUAUUUUUUAUUUUAACAAUGAUUUAGAUAAUGCUCUGAGGAGCAAUCAUAAUAUUCAUAGCCAAUGCAUCCAAAGCCGAUAUUUUUCUGUGCAUAGUUUUAAGAAGUUUAGCAAAAAGCUUUCCGAAAAUGAGAUUCAGACUAGUUUCUCGAUAUUUCAUAAUAAUAUCGUGAGCGUAAACCGAAACCUAGAAAACUUGACAGUUCUAUUAGAUGAACUUAAUUUCCAUUUUAGCAUCAUUGGAAUAACAGAAACUAAAAUAACAAAUUCAAAUGAAAGCAAUUUUCAUCCGACCAUCCCAGGUUAUUGUUUUGAACAUGUGCCAACACCACUGGCUUCCGCAGGCGCUGGUUUGUUUAUUGAAUGAUUGUUAAAUUAUAAUGUUCUUGAAAAGACCAGUAACACGGCAUUUCAAGCAUUGUGGAUUGAAAUACCGUUUGUCAAUCACAAAAAUAUUGUGUGCGGAAUAGUCUAUCGACAACACAAUUCUCCUGAAUAUUUUCAAAAAUCGAGGAAUUCGUGUCUAGUGAUAAGGUAAUUUAUAUCAUGGGUGAUUUUAAUGUGGACCUUCUUAAAUGUGAAAAAUCUCAGAUAAGUCAUGACUUUUUAUUAGCAUUGCAAAGCUGUUAUCUCAUUCCAACAAUUGACAAGCCUACACGUGUUCGUACAACUUCUGCUACGUUAAUUGAUAACAUUUUCAUUAAUAACCUGGAUAAACUACUUACUAGUGGAAAUAUUAUCUCUGAUGUAAGUGAUCAUUUUUCACAAUUUUGUAUCACAACAGAUGUAAAGGAUAAAACCAUAAAAAGAAAUAGUGCUACAAUACCUGACUACUCGGGAUUCUCAGUUGAAAAGUUUAACAAUGAUCUUUCUCAAGUUGACUGGGAUAAGCUGGGGGAAUCCAGAAACGAUGUGAAUAAGUUGUUCUAUACAUUUUAUAACAAGUACAAUAAAAUUGUCAAAAAGCAUGUGCCUAUUAAAAAAAUGUCAAAUCGUAAAGCAAAACAAUUAAUUAUGUAAGCCUUGGAUCACCAAAGGAAUUAAAGCGUCGAUUUCAAUUAAAAAUAAAUUGUACGCUAUAGGUGAAAGAUAUAGACGUUAUAGAAAUAAAAUUUGCAGCUUGAUAAGGUUAAGUAAGAAGAAGACAUAUUAUCAGGAGUACUUCACACAUAACAUAACAAAUAUGAAAAAAACUUGGGAAGGAAUUAAUGAGAUACUUUAUCGUUGGAGGAAGAUUUCUAAGACCAUGAUGGUAAAGUCAUCAAUGAAGCCUCGCAAAUUCCUCACAUUAUAAACCAGCAUUUUGCUACAGUAGGUAGCAAACUUGCUAGUAAAUUGCCAUCUUCACACCAUCAUCUUGACUAUGUCAGUAAAUGCAAAUCUCCUGCUUCAUCCUUUUAUCAUCAACCUGUCUUACCUGAGGAUAUCAAUUUAGAAAUAUUAUCUAUACCAAAUAACAAAUCAUAUGGCUUAUAUUUAUUUUUAUUUAUUUAUUUAUUAGUUUCGCCAAAUUAUACAAUACACAAAACUAUAACAAGAACAAGAAUAAUAGACAUGACUAUAGGCAGGGUGACCGCAACAGCGUGAGCCAAUUACUCAAUUCCUCACCCACUAAUUUACUCAAAUGCUCAAGAGCUAUCAUAUCUCUUAUACUCUCAGAAAUACUUAACACAUCUAUUAAAUCAGGUAUUUACCCCACAAAACUCAAAAUUGCAAAUUUUAUUUAAUUAAUCUAAUAAAGCACAGAUUGAGAGUGUUUUAAAGAGCUGGGCUUAGAAGAACUACCCAUCUUAUGAGUUUAACCGAUCUUUAUUGUCCAGCGAUAAAUUUGAUAUUUUUUAUUCAAUUGCUUCUGAUUACCCCAUUUUAAAACGGAAACCACAGUUGAGUACAAGUUACCUGAGUACAAGCAUCAUAUUCACAUGAGUACAUUAUACCAGCACAGAAAACAUCAGGUAACAUUUUCGUCAUGAAUUAUUAAUUAGUACAAACUAGCUAUUACAUAAUGUUUGUAGCCAUGAUGAAAUUUUCCAUUUACAGUAAGUCUCAGAUGCCAAAGGUACGUGAAUGAAUUAAAGUAUUGAGUGCAUAAAAAGUGCAUAAAAAAUUAAAGGAGAUAACAUGGGACUUUUUUGCUGUUAUUAAUUAAUUGAUUGAUUCUCUUUUAAAGACAACAAAAGUAAUUCACUUUAAAUUGUUUUUGCAAUUAAAUUUCACAACAUGUUUUUAUGAUGACUGCAUCAAAGAAAAUUGAAAAUGAUAAAAUAAAAUAGUUAGUUCUUAGUUACUGCACUACUAUUGCACACAAUGUAAUCAUCAAGGGAAUAGUUGACUGUUGCUAAAAAUUGGUUACUGUAGCAGUGUAGUGCAGUGGUUUUAAGUUCACAUAAUUGUUAAAAACAAUGUUCCUGUCUCUUUCUCUUAAUAGUUAUUGCAACAUAUUAAUCCAGUGGUGAUAUCCACAGCACUUUCCGGAGCCAAAUGUUAUGCUAUAAAACGGAAUAAUGGAUUCAAAUACCUUUUUGAAAAUGGAGUGACAACCCCAAGUAAAAGUACAAUAGAAAACAACAUAAAGAAAAACAAGCUGGGUGAAGUAAAUGUCAACAAGAACUUCCUAAGAGAAAAUAUUGAAGAGACUACUAUCAAGAAUAAAAAUUCCAAUAAAUCACGUGCGGUGAUAUUUUGACGUUCAUUGGUGAAAAAACAACUCCAGGAUAGUCUUGACAAAUGUAAGUUUUAAGAUAUACUGUUAAACGUCCAAUUUGGAGGAAAAAUGUUGCUCAGUAACCUACAAAAUGGUUUACACAUCACUGGCAAAAAUCUGUGAAUCAAAAGAUGCUUUUUUAAAAAAGUAACAUCACUUUUCACUACCGCUGUGGUUUGGUACACGUUUUUGUUAACAUGGGACAUAAAAUAACAUUUUUUGCAAUUUCCAAAUUUACCAAGCAUGUAUGACAUGUAUGUGUAAUGGUUACACUGUAAUCAUCAUGUACAUAAAUUCUGUAUCAUAAGUUAUUCUUCUUCAUCAUCUACAUGUUUUGCAUAACAUAUUAUGUUGAAGCAUUAAUUUAGGGACCGGUCAUUAAUUACAGGGGAGGGGGGCUGGUGGAAAACGAGGGAGGGUCAGGUAUUUUCAUGCAUGAAAAAGGGGGGGGAUUUUUCUGGAAUAUAAAUACCUGCCCCGCAUGACCCUCAGUUGUACCAUAAAACCUACAGAUAAAAAUAGAGACGGCAGUAGAACUGUAGUAAACUCCAACACAACACCAUUUAUUAAAAUGAUUUCAACAUAAACAUGUACAUUGGAACAGCCGUUGACUCAAUAAAUGGUAAAGAAUAUAUAAAUUAUGAUAAUGAAAACAUACGUACCGGCAUAGGUAUUCAACAAUAUGGUUUUGUAUAUCUAAAUAAAAGCUACCAAAACUUGUGUGUAUAAGGUUUAGAAGACUCUGAAAAUGCCAUUUCCAACUAUCUAGAGACUCCAUAUUUUCAAAUUUUUCAGCUCAGCGCCAACUAUGGUGCCUUGUGGGUCCCCCAAAGCAAAAUCUUAAAUGUGCCUUCACUUUACAAGAACUUUAAAUUAUGAAUGCGCCUUUUGUUAUUUGCAUGUGUGUGUAGGGGGGGGGGAGGGUCAAGUAUAAUUGUGUUAUCCUCAAGGGGGGGGGGAUUAAUUUUAGCAUUUAAAUUUUCAUUUCCACCAGCCGCCCCUCCCCUGUAAUUAAUGACCGGUCCCUUAUUUCAUUUUGUUGAAGGAUUUAUUGCAUAGCAUGUGAAAUAUGUGUUUAUUUAAUUAAUAAUUAAAUGUAUUUUUUUCUUGCAGUACUACAUUACCAAACUCCAGUUGAUGAGUUGGGUAAUUUCUAAUUUAAAAAAAAUUAAUGGUUAUCACUCAUUUAAUGUGUCCUUUCACUGUAGAUGAAACUUUGACAGAGGAAAAAGAGCUAUCCAUUGUUUGUAAGUUUUUAAACAUAAUUAUUUCUAUUUGUCAAAAUUGUCUUGUAUUAGACAGAGUAACAUAAUGUAGUGUGCAUUAUGAUACAGUGCAACUUGAUGGGUUACAGGUAAACUUAUAUGGGAAGUGUUCCUCUUUUCACUUCCUGACUCAUUCGGAAUUUUCCUCAUUAGCUUUGCAAAUUUGAAAAACUAUUUGCAAAUAUCUUGAGGGAAUUUGCAAUGUUCCUAUGGGCUGUUGCAAUAUUCCAAUGCAAAAAGAAACUUCAUUUUAAAUUUUCUUAACUUCCUGUUUUAAUUUCCUGACUUCCUGGUCUGAGCAUUGUCAUUGGUAGCCUCCUGCGCAGACGUUGUUAUAGGCCUCGGCCACUAUAAAAUAAACAACGUCUGCGCAGGAGGCUAUGUCAUUGGUGGAUUAUUUUUGUUGGUGGAUUAUUUUUGUUGGGCAAUUGCAACGCACAGAACAGAACAGAACAGGAAGUUAGGAACUUGUAAAAGGAAGUUUAGAACUUCUAACAGGAACUUAUCGGCUUUUAGCAACAUUGCAAAUUCCCUCAGGUGAUUUGCAAGGGAGUUUUUUAAUUGCAAAGGUUAUGAGAAAACUUGCAAUCAAUUUAGAAACUCAAAAUAGAUUGUAAUAUAUUUUGAAUAUGUUAUGUUCCAAGGUUCUGUAGACAACCAAUGGCUUGUAAAUGACAAUAAAAUAGUCGCAUAUGGCAAAAUGGAAAAGAAUAUAAAUCCUGGCACCAAGAUAAACAUUGAAGAAUCAGAUAUGUCUCAUUGUAAUUUCCAUGUGGGAACACGGGUGAAAGUUGCAAUAAAUGAACAGGUAUAGCAAUAUCAAAUGAACACCUAAAGGUAGAUUAGCUUUAAAAACAUUUUGCUGUACAUACUCAAACUAAAUGUAGAAAGCUAGCAAAUAUUUUGCAAAGUGUCAGCCACUGCCCCCCCCCCCCUAUGAUGGAUUCUGCAAAAUAGUACCUUCAGUUAUUUUUGUUUUUAAUUUGUCAAUACAAAAUAAAUAUUGAAGUAAUGUUUUGAUACACUGAAAAAAUUUAACCGAUUGUGGAUAUCCCAGUACGAGAUUAUUUCAAUCUAACACCAGAUGAUUUUACUCAUCAACAGAAAGGCACUAACUAGCCUGCGUAAAGAAUGUAUAUGUCAUAAUCUAUGAAACAUUGUGGUGGCAUUCAUGGUUAUCAACACACAGAAGUGCUACCCAGAUCUGGUCAUAGUUAAUUAAAACUUUGAACAUUCUGAAUGGAAAGGUCAAUAAAGGUCCAAACUUCCAGCCGUCUGAACAAAGUAAAAAAUAAAUCGAACUCAGUAAUUGUCGUUAUUCAAAGUCAAACCGGAUGUUCUCUUGCAAGCAACAUUGUCUCACAAUAUUGCAAUUUUGAAAGCCAGUUUGCUCUGAGCAUUUUGCAACUUAUGAGAACAAAUUGCAAGUUGAAAUUCACAAGAAAGAGGGAAGUACCAAUCCAGUUGCCCAGACUAUUUGAUUAGCUUCCCACUAUUUUAUAGUCAAAAAAAUCUUUUGUGAAUUUCCAACUUGCAGUUUGUUUGCGUCUGUUGCAAAUUGCUCAGAGCAAUCUGCCUAUCAAAAUUGCAAGAUUUGUGGGACAUUAUAGUGCAAUGUUCCUUGCAAGAGAACAUCUGGUUUGACUGUAAUAAGAACAACACUAUGAUAAACUUUACAGAACACCAAGGAAGAAGAAGAAUCUGAAGAAGAAUCUGAAGAAGAAUCUGAAGAAUCCGAGGAUGAUGAUGCCACCAAAGAACCUGGUGAUGCCACCAAAGAACCUGGUCAUGACACCAAAGAACCUGGUCAUGACACCAAAGAACCUGGUCAUGACACCAAAGAACCUGGUCAUGACACCAAAGAACCUGGUCAUGACACCAAACAACCUGGAGUAGUAGUGGAAACACGCGUAGCGGAAGCACGGAGUAGCGGAAGGA